CUAAUACUUUUAAAAACUCCAUGUUCAAUACACCCCUGAAUCUCACUCACACCCAAUUCAGGGUAAUCUCCCCUCCUCUCUGGCCUUUAUCUUGACUCCUUUUCUUCGUUAUUUCUUCCGGCGUCCUACUCCUAACCGCGCAAUCGUCGCCCCAAUUCACUUGAAUUUCGUCCAGCAUUCGAAGGAAAGGAAGAAGCUUUUGAUUUUUGAUUGUUGAUCAUCAGAAUCGGAGAUGGCCUCGGCGGAGAUUGCCCAGACGGACGUGGAGGGGAUGGACGGAGUCCACAUGACGUGGAACGCCUGGCCACGCACGAAGGUGGAGGCCAGCAAGUGCGUGAUCCCAAUUGCGGCUUCGAUCCACCUAAUUCGACCCAACCCGGAGCUCUUCACGCUCCCAUACGCGCCACUCAGGUGCAAGGCGUGCACAGCCGUGCUCAACCCACACGCCCGGGUGGACGUCCAGGCUCCCUUAUGGAUCUGCCCUUUCUGCUUCCAACGCAACAGCUUUCCUGACCAUUACUCAGCCAUUUCCGAGACCAACACCCCUGCCGAGCUCUACCCCCAAUUUAGCACCAUUCAGUACAUUCUCCCCCAGACCCCAAAUCCCACUUCCCCUACAGGCUCGCAUCCGGUUUUCCUAUUCGUGCUUGAUACAUGCAUGCUGGAGGAGGAGUUAUGUUUUGCAAAGUCGGCCUUGAAACGUGCAAUUGGAUUGCUUCCCGACAAUGCCAUGGUGGGGUUCAUAUCUUUCGGGACACAGGUGCAGGUGCAUGAGCUUGGCUUCUCAGAUAUGUCAAAGGUUUACGUCUUCCGGGGUUCCAAGGAACUGACAAAAGAUCAGGUUUUGGAACAAUUAGGCCUUGGUAGCUUUGGUGGAAGGCGAGCUGCUGCCAAUGGGCCUGCAGGGGUCCCCUAUCCAGGCAUAACAAGAUUCCUACUCCCUGCUUCAGAAUGUGAAUACACUCUCAAUGCAUUGUUAGAUGAGUUGGAUACGGAUCAGUGGCUAGUACCCCAUGGGAAUCGAGCCUUACGUUGCACUGGCGCAGCUUUGAGCUUGGCUUCAGGUUUGCUCAGUGCUUGUAUGGCUAGUGCUGGUGCUAGAAUUGUAGCAUUAUUGGGAGGACCAUGCACAGAAGGGCCUGGAGCGAUUGUAUCAAAAGAUCUAGCAGAUCCAGUUCGGUCUCACAAGGAUCUAGAUAAGGAUGCCGCACCCUAUUUCAAAAAGGCAGUGCAUUUCUACAGUGAACUUGCAAAGCAGCUAGUUAGCCAGGGUCACGUGCUGGACAUUUUUGCGUCAGCACUUGAUCAGGUUGGGAUUGCUGAGAUGAAAGUGGCAAUUGAAAAAACUGGAGGACUGGUAGUCCUCGCGGAAAGCUUUGGUCAUUCUGUAUUCAAGGAUUCAUUCAAGCGUGUUUUUGAUUAUGGUGAAUUGUCUCUUGGGCUCUCCUUCAAUGGUAGACUUGAGAUCAACUGCUCAAAGGACAUAAAAGUUCAAGGGAUCAUUGGGCCCUGCACAAGCUUAGAAAAGAAAGGAUCUGCUGUUUCUAGCACAGUUAUUGGUGAAGGGAAUACAAUAGCGUGGAAGAUGUGUGGCCUCGACAAAACUACAUGCUUCACUAUUUUCUUUGAUGUCUCAUCAAGUGAAAAACCAGACCCUUCUGUCCAUACCAACCAGGAAUUGUACAUACAAUUUCUUACAAGUUAUCAGAGCGCUGAUGGAUAUACAAAACUACAAGUUACAACCAUAAAAAGAAGAUGGGUUGAUACUACUGUCAAUUCUGAGGAAUUGGUACAAGGCUUUGAUCAAGAAACUGCUGCUGUAGUGAUGGCUAGAUUGGCAUCGUACAAAAUGGAGAUGGAGGAAGGCUUUGAUGCGACAAGGUGGCUAGAUCGGAAUCUAAUACGUCUGUGUUCUAAAUUUGGGGACUAUCGCAAAGAUGACCCUGCUUCAUUCACAUUAAAUCCAUGUUUCUCAUUGUUUCCUCAGUUCAUGUUUAAUCUACGGAGAUCUCAAUUUUUGCAAGUUUUCAAUAACAGUCCUGAUGAGACAGCUUAUUUCCGCAUGUUGCUGAAUCGAGAGAACAUAAGCAAUGCUGCUGUCAUGAUUCAACCGACGCUAACAUCGUUUUCAUUUAAGUCACCACCCUGUCCGGUUUUGUUGGAUGUGGCAUCAAUUGCAGCUGAUCACAUCCUUUUGUUGGAUUCUUAUUUCUGUAUAGUUAUAUUCCAUGGAAGUACAAUAGCUCGGUGGAGAAACAUGGGCUGUCACAUGCAACCAGAACACCAGGCAUUUGCACAAUUAUUGCAAGCUCCGCAUGAUGAGGCCAGGUUACUAAUUCAAGAGCGGUUUCCUGUACCAAGAUUAGUUGUUUGUGAUCAGCAUAAAUCCCAGGCAAGGUUUCUGUUGGCAAAGUUGAAUCCUUCUGCAACAUAUAAUAGUGCACAUGAUAUGGCUGCAUCCGGAACAGAUGUCAUCCUUACUGAUGAUGUGAGUCUUCAAGUAUUCUUCGAGCAUCUUCAGCGGCUGGCAGUUCAAUCUUCGUAAGCAAAAAGAAGUGUGGAUAAUCGUGCUGUGACCUGUCAGUUAUUCGCUCUCUAAAGCUCAACAAGUUCUAGUCAUCGCCUCUACAAGCCUUUUUCUUUGCUCACUACAGAACUUUCGUACCCCAUUCGUACGAAUAGAGGUAAGAUCCAAUACUGUUUGCACUAGCAACCAAAAGUAACAUUUUUUUGGGGUUUGAGGUUUAUUUCGUUUGAAGAAUAAUUAUUAAUAAGGAGCACAAGGGACAGCUGAUUUGAGUUUAGGGAAAGAAGAGAGACAAUGUCGUAUUUCCCUCCAAAGUGCCAUGAAGCAAGGAGAUUGUUAUUUUUUCAUUUUUCCUGAAAUGCCAUUUUCCGUU